CCGAUUUGGCUAAUUUUGGUCUUGAAUUAUUUUUGGAAGCCCAAAAAAGGUUUGAAAGAAAAACAAGGAUAUUCUAUUCCGGUUGGAAUAACCCGCCUUUCGAAAAACCAGACCCUCUAGAUCCUGCGGUACAUCACAAGACCUAUAAUCCAAGUAACAAGCGAAUCAAUAUCGAUCUAGACGAAGAAGUUUCUCACGACGUAUGCAUAGCAGCACUAAUCAAUUAUGACACAGAUGGAACAGAACCGUAUAUAAGCAGUUUUGAUCAAGGAAACAACUACGUACUUGGAGCAGAACUGAGACAUCUUAACGAUCAAUGGAAAGUUUUUAUCACUAAGAAACAAGAUUUUGAAAUUCCAACUAUGCGAAGUUAUUUGUUUUGGAUAGUCAAGGGCCUCGAUAAAUAUGCUAUCGCACUUUACAUAAAUAACAUUGAUGACAAUGCUCCUGUGAUUCAGCCUUUAGAACGAAGUUGUGCAACCGAGGAAAAUUAUAAAGGUAAAAGUAAUUGCACUUUCUCAAUAAGUGAUGCUGAUGGUUGGAUUGAUGGAGUAGUUACAACUUUGUCGUCGUCUCCAAAUGAGGGUACUGAGAGCUUUUCUUUCAAUAGUGAAGCAAUCAGUGAAUACGAAAUGAAAUUGAGUGUUGUUAUAAAGACACCAUUAAAUUUUGAAAGAAUAUCAAUGUAUAUGUUAUUAAUCAACGCAACAGAUCAAAGCCAUAAUGAAGGCACUUUAUCAUCGAUUUUCAGAGUUAUUGAUAUGCCAGAUGAACAGCCUAAGUGGAGUCGUCUAACAGCUUCAGAGACAGUUGAAGAAAAAUCGAUACACGUAUUCUCGGUGGCAGCUGUUGAUGGUGAUAUUCAAAUAAAUUCUGAAAUAAAUUAUAAAAUUCAAAGUCUGGGUGAAGAAGCUGAAGAUUAUUUUAUAGUUGAGAAAUCAACUGGAGUUAUUACAAUUAAUCCUAUAGAUCGUGAUACUUUAAAAAAAGAUGUUUUCAAGUUUAAUAUAACUGCUUAUGAAAAAGAUGACCCUUCUUCAUCUAUAACCACAACGAUUAUUGUCAUUGUUGAAGACAUAAAUGAUCAUUCACCUGAAAUACGGCCAGAAAUUCUUUCAAUUGAAAUCGAAGAAGAAACUUACAUGUCUUUAGAUUUUGGGCAAUCCAUUGUAAUUGAAGAUCCUGAUUUGGCAGAAAAGGCCCAGUAUUCUGUAAAUAUGAUUGAUAAUUCUUCAUAUAAUUGGCAUUCAGCUUUUUUAAUUGUUCCAAAUAGUGGUUAUCAGAGAAGUAAUUUUACAAUUUCAGUUAUUAAUGCAUCGUUAUUGGAUUAUGAAGAUGAAAAUUGGAGGAAUAUUCAGAUUGAGAUACAAGCAAUAGAAGUAGCUAAUCAAAGUCACAUUGGAAAAAGAACCGUUUCUAUUAAUUUAAUAGAUGUGAAUGAUGAGAUACCAACUUUUACAAAUAACACUCUUAUAGUAUCGAUUGCUGAAGAUGUAGGAAAAAAUCAGUAUGUUUGCACGAUGCUCGCUAUUGAUCGAGAUUUUGGUGAUAGUGUCAAGCAUUCAUUGGUUGGACAUAGUGGACUAAUAAUUAACGAAGAAACGGGAAAAAUCAUGACUGAUAUAGAUGGCGCUUUAGAUUAUGAAUCAAUACCUACUAUUGUGCUCCAAAUAACUGCUACUGAUUUAGCUUAUCACACGGCUUACGGAACAUUAAUUUUAAAUGUGAUUGACGUUAAUGAUGUUCCACCAACACUUUACUUGCCAAAACAAAUUCCAUCAUUGGAAGAAGAAUCAAAUAAUACAAAAAUAGAUACUGUUAUUCAGGCUACUGAUCCAGAUAGUGAUGCUAAGUUGGUUUUUAGUAUCGAUUGGGAUAGUACAACAGCUUUUAAAAAUAGCAUCAUUGUUAAUCAAAGUUACUAUCGCGGACAUCUGGAUAUAUUUACUAAUUAUUCGAAAGAGCAUACUGGUUAUGCCGAAGGGAUUUUAAAAACAUCAGGAAGAAUAGAUUAUGAAACAUUCGAUGUUAUGUUUAUAAAUAUCGUUGUUACUGAUGUUAAUACUGUUCACAAUGAUAAAUCUAUCAACGCUUCACUCACACUUAACAUUAUUGAUAUCAAUGAUAAUGCUCCGGUGUUUAAGAAUAUCGACACAAUGAGUGUGAUUGAAAAUCAGUUACAUGGUCAAUUUAUUAGUACGAUUGCUGCUACUGAUGAUGAUGGUCCACUUUAUAAUCAAAUUUCAUAUUUUAUCGAACCUAUCAAUAAUACAGAGAGUAACUUAAUCAAAAUAAAUAAUAAAACUGGGGUUAUCCAGGUUGACAAGGAUAAAGCAAUAGACGCUGAAAAAUAUGAAAACUUAUAUUACAACGUUACAGCCACUGAUGGCGAUAAUUGUGCUGUUAUUCAACUUCAUAUAUAUGUUAUUGACAUUAAUGAUGAAAUACCUUAUUUACUUUAUGAUCAGUUUGAAUCGACGGUAUAUAUUCCUGAAAAAUCUUCAAGUGGAAAGGAAAUUUUAACAAUAUUUGCAAGAGACAAUGAUCGUUCUUAUCCUUACAAUAAUGUGUCAUACCUUAUGAACCCAAAUUAUUCAGUUUCAAUGCAAUAUUUUAAAUUAGGCCGAUUUGACGGUUUACUCCAAAUAAACUUAGCUGAUGGACACAUUCUUGAUAGAGAUUUUGGUUUACAAAAGCAUAUUUUGAAUAUAAAGUUGAGAGAUAAUUAUCUUCAUGACGGCAUCACAACGAAUACCAAUCCAAUUGAUAUCGUUAUCACCGUAAUUUUAGACGACAUAAAUGAUCAGAUUCCGAAGUUACCUGAUUUAAAGAUCCCGAUUGGGAAUUUUAGUGAAAUAACGAAAGAAAAUGCCUUCUUAUUCGAGUUUGAAGCUGCUGAUUAUGAUGAUCCGGAAACAAAUAAUACGAAAGUAAUUUUUACUUUGCAAAAUAUGUCACAAGUACAUGAAGAUUUGAAUGACGCAGAAAAGUGUGAAGCUCCUUUCAAACUCUCGACAUCAAACUUCAAAUUGGCACAAAUAUCAACAAAUCGAGAUUUAUACGGUUGUUACGGUCUCUGGGCUUUAAAAAUUCAUGCUCAAGAUUUCGGAAAUGAUCCAGGUCCUUUGAGUGAUACCAAGACAUAUUACAUUCAAAUCACUGAUUACAAUUACAAUGCUCCAAUAAUUCAUUUCCCGAUUCUAGGAAAAAAAAUUGUACUCAGCCAGAAUCAAUCGCUCAACACUCAGUUGAAAACUUAUGAUAAGCAGCCACUUCAUGACUUUGAAGCAUCCGAUGAUGAUUCAGGAGCAAGUGGAACUGUAGUAUUUACAGUAUCCAGUGAUAGUAGUGACCAUGAAAUUUUCAAUAUUAUCAGUACCAAAAUAAAUUCAGCACAGCUUCAAUUGAAACGCACACCAAAUAUUACAUCAAAAGACACAUACGAUAUAAUUAUUACAGCAACCGAUGGAGGAAGCCCAUCAAAAAAUGUCUCACAACAAUUAAGUAUAAUUUUUGUAUCGAUUCCGGGUCCGAAAUUUAAGCAAAGGGAUUGGUCUAUUUGGAUUGAAGAAAAUUUACUGAUUCUCAAUACACCUGUAGUAUUACCAGAAGCCGAUGAUAACAUCAUUGAAAAUGAUGCAAACAUCGUAAGAAUUUAUUAUUUUAUUGAUGACACAGUUGGUGAUUAUGAGUUUUUCAAUUUGGACAAAGAAACGAGAAACCUAACAUUGGCAAGAAAAUUAGAUCGUGAGACGCAAGAAAUGAUGUCAAUUAUGGUAAUCGCAACAACAGACAGUGAUGGCCCUCCACGAUACCCUAGCAAAGAAGCCACACUCAAUAUAACGAUAAUAGUCUUAGAUAAAAAUGAUAACGCACCAACCUUUGAUAGUGAUUUUUACUCUGGAGGUUUUACCAUGGAAGAUAUUAUAGAUAAAGUUAUUUUAAUUGUAAAAGCAACAGACGCUGAUAUUAAUGAAACCUUAACAUAUUCAAUAGUUGAUACCAGUAUGAAUGUUUCUGAUGUAUCUAUUGCGGGAGUUAGUGAGCCUUUUUCACUUAACAGUGAUUCGGGUGAAUUAAUAUUAAAAUUCACGCCCCAAAGUACUAUGGCAGGAUUUUUCACAUUUAAGAUUGUAGUAUACGACGCAGCUUACCACAAUGAUACAGCUUUACUGCAAAUAUACAUUGUUUCUAUCGAUAAUCGUGUAGUAUUUACAUUUAAAAACAAUGCAUCUUAUGUCACUGAAAAACGAAUGUUUAUUAUUAGAUCAUUUACCAACAUCUUUGGAUAUUUUUGCAAUGUUGACGAAAUAAAAAAUAGCAUUGCUGCAAAUGGUCAUGCAUUGGAUAAUCUUACAACACUUACAACGCAUUUUAUCGAUAAAGAUGACCAUUUACCUAUUGAUUCAAACAUCAUUAUUUCAACAUCAAGUGAUUUACAAACUAUAACGAAUUUGAAAGCGAUUCUUCAGACAGAAGCAGUGUAUUUGAUUGAUGUACCAACAGGAAGUUCAUUAAUUGUUGGUGACCUUCAACAAAUAGUCCAAUGGAUUUUGAUAUCACUUACAAUUUUUUUUUUCUCAUGUAACAUCGCUUUACUUUUAGUCUAUUUCGUACGAACGCAAAGCUUAUCGAAAAGACUAGAGAAAAUUGCCAUCGAAUGGAAAUUCGGAUCACAACAAGAAGGUAUAGAUCGUAUGGGUAUCAUGCCGAUGACUAAUCAGUUUGCAGUUACUGGUUCUAAUCCAAUUUGGAAAGCAUCUGCAAAUAAAUCAACUAAGACAACUAAUGAUAAUAUAAGCGAAAAUAGUAGAGAUUCAGACUCCAUUGGUAUUGAUGACGAACUAAGUAUUGGCUAUAAACGUGACACUUUUAUUUUAGAUCAGGACAUGAUUGUGAAAAAACGGGUGAGCCCGGUUAUUGCAGAAAUACCGAAAUUAAUAUUGAACAACCCGUUUCCGAAGGAUAAAUACUUGGAAAAUGAUAAAUUAUGUUGA